GCUGCUUGGGGGGGAAGACAGGUUAGUCCAGUAUGACCUGGGGUGGAGCCCACGUGAUGAGCACGCACACGCACACACCUGUGGGCGCGUUCCAUUGUACUCCCUAAGCGCGCGGCGGCGGUUGCGCACCCAGUGUGUGUUGUUUGCGUUCAUCAGCUUAGCGUCACUUCUGUGUUCAUCGGGAACAGACUGUUCAUCACUGCAGGAGGGUGUGUUCCAAUAAUUUUUCAGUAUGCCAAACAACAAGCACAACCCUCCACCCUACCAACCGAAUGGUAGCAAACACCACAGCAGCAGACACAGGCACAGUGAGCUUAUGUCCAAUCCAGCCUUUUCGUACUACCCAGGAGAGAAAAUGCUUCACUUCUAUCGUUGGUCUUCACCACCGGGUGUGAUGAAGAUAUUGUGUAUCAUCAUCAUCAUCAUGUGUGUGGCUGUGUUUGCCUGUGUGGCCUCCACGCUAGCCUGGGACUAUGAUAUGAGCCUCAUGGGUCUGGGCGGUGGAGCUAGUUUGUUACCAGGUUAUGGUUAUGGUGGCUCAUACGGUGGUUCAUACGGUAGCUCUUAUGGCGGCAGUUAUGGCAGCUCUUAUAUAGGCGGCACUGGUGGUGGUGGUACUUAUGGCUAUGGAGGAACACAAAUGGAUCCCAAAUCUGGCAAAGGCUUCAUCAUCGCCAUUGCAGCCAUUACUUUCAUUGCUGUGCUCAUCAUAUUUGUGUUGGUUGUUUCGAGGCAAAAUGCUGCCCGCUCACCAAAGUUCUACCUAGCAACCAUCAUCAUCUGUGCCAUCUUGGCAGUCCUGAUGAUCAUUGCCACUAUUGUGUACCUGGUAGCAGUGAACCCAACAGCCCAAUCCACAGGGUCUGUGUACUACAGCCAGAUCCGCCAGCUGUGUGCGCAGUACCAGAACCAGGACCAGGCCCAGGGCAUCUUCCUGAACCAGUACCUGUACCAUUACUGUGUGGUGGAACCUCAAGAGGCCAUAGCUAUUGUCCUUGGUUUCCUGGUGUUCGUUGGCCUCAUCAUCCUGCUAGUGUUUGCAGUCAAGACUCGCUCCAAGAUCAGGCACUGGGGCCGAGAUCGUAUCCUCUGGGAAGAAGUGAAGGUCAUCAACGAUGGUCUGCACAACAGCAUUGGGGAGUGGGUAAAUAAUGUAUCUGGUGACCCAGAGGUGCUAGUGAAUGACCCUAAUUACAAAAUUGGGGGGUCCAGAGACUAUGUGAACCAUCUGGACCACAGCAAGCCUCUCUACCUGCCAGGAGACUCCGAAAUCAGCAGCUCUGUGGGAGGUCUGAAGCCCAGACUGAAGGACUAUGACACUGGAGUGGAGUCUGGAGAUGACCUGGAGGAGGAGGACUUCAGCAUUUUGUUCCCCUCAAUUGUGGAUGAGCAAGAACGUCUGAACUACAAACGUGAAUUUGACCAGGAUCACCAAGAGUACAAGAAUCUGCAGGCAGAGCUGGACAGCAUAAACCAGGACCUGGCUGACCUGGACGAAGAGCUGGGCCGACACCCUGAGGGCAGUCCACAGUUCCUAGAUGCCAUGGAUGAAUUCACUAGACUGAAGCAUCUAAAGAAGUCCCCCAGCUACGAGAUUAAGAAGAAGAGGUGUAAAUAUCUCAGGUCCAGACUGUCACACAUCAAAAGGAAGAUCAGUGAAUAUGACCGUCGGCCUUGAAGCUUUGAACCACCUCUGACUCCUCUAUGCUGGGAAAGAGACAAAUCUGCAAUUUCACACACCACCGUGUUUGAAUUUCUCAUACACCUAAUGUGGGAUUACUAGAGUAAAAGCCUGUUUUUAUAUCACUAAUCUCUAUCAAGCCAAUUAACUGAGAAGAUUGUCUUUGAUCAAAUUUUCAACCUCUGUGAGCUUCAUGAAGAACUAUAUAGGUGUAAAAUAUAUUUUAUUAGUUUCGCUCCUGAAGUUAGUGGGAGAUGUGAUUUUUGUUUCAUGAGGUUACUUGUGACCUCUGUCAAGCAGUUAUUGUGCUUCUUUUAUAAGCUUUUUAAGCCAUUGUUUGACAGUUUCAUAUACAAUGAAGGCUAAGAUGAGAUGAGACACAUGAAUCUACAUCAUCAAGUCACCCCUUGUAUAUAAGGUUUUUUUUUUGUCUUUAGAAAUAAUUCACAUUGUUGUGUAAUGUCUGUACUCUAAUUGUAGAUCUUUCUUACAGUGUAUACUAGAAGGAGACUAUGUAACUGAUUGAUUAGCGAUGGCUCUGUUCCCUUUUAGGUGUGCCAUCAUUAAUAUUUUACUAAUUUCCACAUUAUUCAAAAGCAAAGGAACAACUCUAUUUUUGGACAGUAUAUCUUUAUUCUGAAUUAAUUUUCCAUUCCAUGGUAAAAUAUCUGAGCUGAGAUACCAGUAUGCAAAGUGUAUAUUUUUAGGAAGCCAAGAACAGCUGUGCUUUCAAAUGUUUUUUUAAUGCAAUUAUUUCUAAAUAAAUAAAUCUCAAUCUCA